GUGAGCGGAGCGUUCAGAGCAUUAACAGGACAGGGAAGCACACAAGAACAUCCACUUGAAAGACUGUAGGAGGGGGCUUGAUCGACUGCAAACUAAAGAGUAUGUAUAGGUACCAGAAGGCAGCAGAAGAAACAAGUUUGGACAAGAAAAAAUCUCCGGAGAAAUCGACUCCAGGCCUUCGCAACGGCAAUCUGAGUGUCCUAAAGCAGCUCUGGGAACAUCCAGCCGAAACGCCUACAUCUCCAGAACCCAAAGCACACCUCCAGAACCAUCUGCAACAGUCUGCUGUAAAAAUCCCACUGGAGUCCACUGACGUCCAGCUUAUUGAGGGCACAGACCAGCAGUGUUUGAGCGACAGUGAUCAGCCAAUGGAGAAGCGAACGCAAAGAGAUGUGGAGACCCUCAUCGAAAAGCCCACCGUCCCCCUCAACAGCCUGAAGAUGAUGUUCGAGAAAGGAGAGACCCUUCAUAGUAAUGUGUCCAGAGAGCCUGGGACAACAGGAGACAGUGGAUCUGACAAUAUGGAGCCAGGAACUAAAGAAAGUCUGGAGUGUGGGGUAAAAAUGCUGGAUUCAACCCCUCUCAGGGACAGGAUGGCCAUGUACCAGGCAGCUGUGACUAAGCUUGAUUUCCCAUCCUCCCCCAAUAGUGAAGCAGCAGACAGUGAAGCCCGAGCUCACAGUGGAAAACAAAAGGAAAAUGUGCCACCAGUGUCUGCUGAUGUGUGCCCCGAAUCCAACACUAUCAAAAGUCCUGCUCCAGACAGGAAUGGUUCUGUUUUAAGUCCUGAGCAAAACCAGCCUAAAUUGGUUAAGAUGUUCCCUUUGCCUGUCCGUGAAACCUGCGUGACGUGCCUUAAGACUGUGUACCCACUAGAGAAACUUGUAGCGAAUCAGCAGAUUUACCACAACACCUGUUUCCGCUGUGCCUACUGCAACACUAAACUCAGUUUGGUGAACUACGCCUCUUUGCACAACAACGUCUACUGCAAGCCACACUACUGCCAGCUGUUUAAAGCCAAGGGCAACUACGAUGAGGGUUUCGGCCACCGACCCCAUAAGGAGCUUUGGGAAGGACGCCCCGAAGGAGUUGACGACCAAGUAAAGCUUUCACCUCAAGAAACGAGCCUAACAGUAGAGGAGUCUCCAUUGGUCAAGGUCAACGUGCUUGCGGCCACUUUAGAGACCCGGACCCAGGCCACGUCAGAAAGGGUGGAGAAGCCAUUGGAAACGGGACGACUCAAGAUCUCCUGGCCUCCUCAGUCUGAAGGGGAUGAGAGUGCAACCCACACAGUAACUGAUGGCAGUGGAAUCAAACCCAUUCGCCCUAAAUGGCCUCCAGAGGGCGACACUGUAUCAAGCAAUGUGGACCUGGAAUCUGAUCUUCCAAAGCUUCGCAGGAGCGUCUCCCUUAAGGAGAGAAGCAAACCGUUUUGCAUCUUCGACUCCGCACCCGUGGCUCAACCCAAGAGAUGCCAAAGAUCUCCGUCAAAUGAGAAACCAGACUCCGAGGAGGAAAUGUCACCCGUGUCUUCCACCACAGACACCACCAUUUCUUCUGAGGACAUGACUGAACACAAUCAGUCGGAGGAGGAGGACCAGGAUAAGACCAAGGAGGAUGAACAGAUGGAGCAUGAGGAGAAAGUUGAUGUGCAGGAGGAGGAACUGUCUUCUCUGAAAUGCAGCACGCCGGAUAACAGCCCUCCAUUGUCACCUGAGAGCGAGUCUGGAUUGGAUCCCGAAGAGAACCAGGCUUCGCAAGAUGUUGGAUUUUGGGAUGGAGAAGAAGCGGAGGAAGACACCGCUGAUGUCACUGUGGAGGACUUGAUUAAGAGGAACCGUCAUUAUGAUGAUGAGGAUGAUGAAGAUGUGGUCUGAGUCAUAGAUUAGAUGGACUUUAAUUUUCUCAGAAGCACCAGCAUACUUUCAUGUAGUCUCUUCAUUGUGGGUCUGUCAUUUUCGUGCAAUUCUUCAUGUUUUCGGCUUUUACAUGUGCCUAUAAAUGUUACUGAACUGAAAAAAAAACAAGUAGUUUUCAGGUUAUUGGGAAGGUUUCUCUAGUCUAGAUGGUAUGCUAGAGCUCUCGAUUUCUUCAUGUCUAGUUUUAUGAAAUUGUAUUUCCUUUGGUACUAUUUGUUUUCUAUAUUUUCUAUAUUAAUAGACCAGGAUAUUUUAUUCUGCUGCUGUUCGUUUUCUGAACACUUGCAUUUCGAAAUGAUUAAAAAAGAAAAUAUGAUGGGGCCAAUUUUAAUGUUAAGUUCAAACACCCAUGUUUUGUUCGAUUGACACUAUUAUAAUGCACUUCAAUGUACUUUAAAUGUUAAAACACUCUCCUCGCUGUACCACAUUGAAUUGGCAACCUAUGAAUGUUUUAGAAUUUUCCAAUUGUAUUAUUUAACUGCAUUUUAAAUGUCUUUUUUAUUAUGGGACCAAAUACCUUGGGAAAACUUUUGUUUCAAAUAAAUUUACUUCUACAAAAUCUUGAG